UUCAUUCUGGUCACACAACAAUUAAUGUGGCACAGAAAGGGAAACUUAGUCCCAAAGAAGUUGUAUAGCAGGUGAAAGGUAGAGGUAGGCUUCUAUCUGCCUGUGUUUAGCCCCAUUUGUAGGUUUCAUUUUCACUAUCAAUUAGCCUUUCUCAGAGUAUCUAAAUGUUCUUAAAGCAGAUAAAGUACACAAUCCUGGUUCUUGGAGAAUUUAUCACCUUAGUUUUGCUAGGGAUAAAAGACUAUCUGGAGCCAGGCAUGGUGGCUCACGCCUGUAAUCCCAGGACUUUGGGAGGCCGAGGCAGGCAGAUCACCUGAGGUCAGGAGUUCGAGACCAGCCUGAACAACAUGGAGAAACCCAGUCUCUACUAAAAAUACAAAGUUAGCCAGGCGUGGUGGCGCAUGCCUGUAAUCCCAGCUACUCGGGAGGGUGAGGCAGGAGAAUCACUUGAACCCAGGAGGCGGAGGUUGUGGUGAGCCGAGAUCAUGCCAUUGCACUCCAGCCUGGGCAACAAGAGCAAAACUCCGUCUCAAAAAAAAAAAAAAAAAAGAUGAUUUGGGGGUGUGUGCCAAAUAAUGAAUUCCAUAAAGAGCUUCGUCCAGCAUCUUCCUUGGGUUCUCAAAGUCUAUGCCCACCAGUCUUGCCCCUCUUGGCUAAAGUGGGACUGAUAACCCAUGUAAAAUUAGCUAAGUUGACAUCAACAGUUGCUGCUUCUCUAAGUCCUUGCAGGAGCAAGCCAUGGACAGAGAACUCAUGCAAAGAUGCUGGGAACGUGGUCUGUCUCAAAUUGGAUGGCUUCAAAAGGAGUAGUAACGUAAAGUGGGAUCCAUUCUGUGAAAACUUUAUACCUCAACUGCAAAAUGUGAAAUAGUGAAACCAAGAAAAUAUCUAAUUGGUGUUAAGAACACCUUCUAACUGAAAGGCAACUAGCAAAGAGGGUUAAAACAUACAGAAAAUUUGGAUUCCAUUUACGUGCAAUUUAAAGACAGUCAUGUAGGUAUUUAAGCAUCUUCCUAGGGACCUUAGGGGAAGCAAAGAAAUCUAAUUCUAAUGUCCUUGCCCUCAAGGAGUUUGGGGCACCAACAGAGUAGAAAUAAGUACACCAUGCCCUACAUCAUUGUAUAUGUGGGUACAUGAGCUAUGUGCUAUAGAAGUUCCCAGAGGAAAAAGGAGGCUGGUGUGAGUUAUAAUAAUGUGGGCUAACAUUUGAGCAGCUGUGUGUCAUGCACAAUGCUAAGCACUUUCCACGAUUAUCUUCUAACAUCCCUAUAGAAUAAGUCAGUUUACAGGUAAGUAAGCAAAUGAAGAGGCUCAGAGAGGUGAGGCAUUCUGCCUAAAUUCUACUAAACCACAGCUGGUUAGUAAAGCUGGGAUUCAAACUCCAGAACCUGUGUUCUUAGCUUUGUGCUGACUCAUCUGAGGUUUGCACAAGUGUGGUGACUUGCCCAAGGUCAUAGAGCAUGCCAAUGAUUCGAAUCCCAGUCUGACAUUUAUACAAUCAUGGCCUUUCUACCCCAGGAUUUCUUGACCUUGGCAUAUUUGGGGCCAGAUAAUUCAUUGUUGUGGAGGGGACUCCCUCGUGUAGUGUAUGUUUAGCAGCAUCCCUAACCUCUACCCAUUCAAUGUCAGUAGCAAGUGACAUCCCCACCCAAGUUGUGACGACAAAUUGCCAAAUGUCAGAAUGUUGACAAAUGCCCCCUGGCUGGGGGGCAAAAUCAUGCCCAUUUGAGAGCUACUGGUCUACCACAAUCUGCUGCAUCUCCUCAGCCUUUUCACCUUAAGAAACUCCCUCAAGUUUGCCCACAACAAGCCAGUGACAACCAGAAGCAAAGCCCAGGAAUCUCACGGCUGAAUAGGAAAUGGAACUGAGGUUAAACUGGUGACUGAUGUUUCACCAAGAGAGCAAUGGAUUAACUGGUAAUGCUGUUACACAAACAGAAUGGCACAGCUGGCUUCCUACCAGGUCACUUCCUACCACCUCCAGUGGCAAUCAAGAAGCAGCCCCCAGGGAAGGUGGUUGCUCUAUCUUUCCUGUGAAAUUCCAGGAAUCCAGUUUUUGCCAAGAGGCUGGUAAGAAUUUCCUGCUCUUUGGUCUCAGCUGCAGAAGCAAGAUGAAGGGAACGUCAACGUUUGGCAAGCGUUGCAAUAAGACACACAAGUUGUGCCACCAAUAUGGCUCUAAGGCCUACCACCUUCAGAAGUCGACCUGUGGCAAAUGUGGCUACCCUGCCAAGCACAAGAGGAAGUAUAACUGGAGUGCCGAGGCUCAAAGAUGCAAUGCCACUGGGACUGGUCGAAUGAGACACCUAAAAGCUGUAUACCACAGAUUCAGGCAUGGAUUUCGUGAAGAAACAACACCUAAACACAAAAGGGCAGCUGUUGCAGCAUCCGAGUCAUCUUAACAAUUUCA